ACGAAGAAGGUGGAGCAUUGGCAACAGCAACAGUGUCAGCAGGAUCAACGGCAGCGGCGUCAUCUUGAGACGCCAGCGGCGCAAAGUCCAGCGGGACGUGCUUUUGAAUUGAGUGGUCGGCCGAUGUCGCGUAACAAUGCGAUACCGCCGCUCACGCGGCCUCCCUCCUCGCGAACGAACAUUGCCGCGGGCGCGGCCGCGGGCGGUUUCGUCGCCGGCACCGACGCGGACUGUGUCAGCGGCGCCGGCGAGGAUGCGGACUCGCGCGUGCACGAUCACAGCCGGCCGUUUCCACCGCCGCGGUUACCUCUCGUGCACGUGACGACGGUACCGUCGGUGCCGCCGCCGCCGCCGCCGCCACCGCCGCCCCCGCUGGGAUCGCAAUCGGUACCCGGGACUCCGACGCCCCGCGUGGCGGCGCCCAUCACCAUGCCUCUAACGCCAUUAUCGAGUUCCUUCCGGAGCAGGCCGUCCCUGCGUCGCUCGCAGAAUAUCAUGGAGACGCCAUCGCCGGGCGACGCGAAUUCCAGGAGUCUGCUGUCGCCAUCGUCCACGGACACGACGAUAACGACGAUCGCGUCCUCACCCAGGAGCCCGAUUGGCGAGGUGAGCCUCGCUACGCCACGACCGGACGGCGAGAGAACCAUCAACGAGUACGUCGAGGCGCCGUUCAAGCACUCGCGCUGCAAUCAGGAACGACGCCUCGAUGCCGAGAACAAGACGGCCGGGGAUCCCAAAACCGAUAGGAGGCAUCAUCAUCAUCAUCACCACCAUCAUCGUCAUCAUAGAGAUCAUCACGAUGACGCCGCCACGGUGGUGCCGACGCAUCGAGCGCGCGGUCGUGCGAGGAAUCAAAGUUUGCGCGGUUUUAGCGGCACGACGACCGGCGGCUCCCCCGUCGCCGCGUCGACGACGGCGGCGGCGGCGGCGAACGCCGUCACGAAGCAGCCGGUCUCCUUCACCAAGGAGCCGGCCAAUACCCUUGGUGCGAGAACUUACGAUCCCGCCGGUCUGUCGAUCAUAUGCGAUUUUUGCGGCAGGUGUCGAUGCGAGUCGUGUCGGGAGCCGCCUCCGCUGCCCAGCAAGUGGCUCUGCGACAACACGUGCCUCUGCUCGGCAGAGACUGUCCUAGACUAUGCGUCGUGUCUGUGUUGCGUCAAGGGACUCUUCUACCACUGCGUGGACGGUGGUAGCGGCGGUGGUGUGGCCAGCAGCAUGGACGACGAGGCCGCGACGAGCUGCGCGGACGAGCCGUGCUCCUGCACCGGUAAUCGCACGGUAUCCAGGUGGGCCUGUCUGGGCGCUCUAGCCCUGGUGAUGCCCUGCCUGUUGUGCUAUUGGCCUCUUCACGGCUGCGUCACCCUCUGCGAGGCGUGCUACGUGCGUCACGCCGCGCAGGGCUGCCGGUGUAAUCCGGGUGCGACCGGUAGCAGGCAUCACCCCAUCACCAGCGAUAUCGGGGACUCGAGGGAUCCGGAGAAGAGGCUGUUGGACCCGGUCACGCCGGAACUCUGAGGUGCCGAUCUACCGCGUAGAAAGCGGCGUCUUUGGUGACGCAUCGGUGACCGCGGAAACAAGUUCGGGAUAGCCCAGGAACACCAGGGAGGAACCCCGCCCUGAUGGACAUAUGUAUGUGGGGGUGGGGUUUAGUGGGAGCAAAAGUGAAUUGCAUCAAGUACAAGUGCUGCAUUUAAGUCGAGGAGAACGAUAUCGGAUUUUGACGAACCUGUACGUUUGAUGUCUCGCGAAUGUCUUUAUUUAUUAUUCUUCCAUGAAUGAAAAGUGCGUGCGUAUGCGUGGGAGAGUGUUCACGUCUCUUGCGUGCGUUUCUGCGCGCGCAAAAGAGGCGAAAAUGUAUAUGCGUGUAUAUGUGUGUAUGUGUGUGCGUGCGAGAAAGAGAGAGAAAGAGAAGAGAGCGAAAAAGAGAGCGAUGUACGAAAGGAGUAUCUGCCUGUAUACGCGUGUGCGAACGGUAGAGAGGAACGAGGUACGCGAGUGGCGUACCGUCCAGACAUACCACUUACGCAUAGAUAACUCUAUACAUAAUGAAUUAUAUGCAUUGUACCACGCGCGCCGAGCGAAAUCGAAUGAACGGUAAUAUAUCGGGAUCUGGGAGGCAGGGGGGAGAGGGGGAGACUACAUACACCCAGAGUAAA